UUUCUGGUUUUCAAUGUAGAUUACAAACACAAACGAAUUUUGAAUCCUGCUAAAUGUCGUACUUACUCACGGAAAUCGCGCUGGAGAUGCUGGGCUACAAGUUUUACGACACCAAUGGCACAUUCCACCUCACCAACUUUCAAAACAACUCCACGCUCAGCGAAACGCAUCCCGAUGAGCCCUCGCUGCAGGAGUUCAUUGAGUAUACAAAUGAGGAGCCGAAGCAGGAGCCGCAACAGCAGGAACCGCACACGCAGGCUGUGCAGGAGGAGGCGUACCUGGAUGCCCCCACCAUACCCGAAAUACGCUUUGCACGGCGCACUCCGGCCAAGGCGCUGGCCAAGAUAAUGGACUACGAGAGCGAGAAGAUAGUUAACCAGAUCAACACUCGUCUGGAGCGCUCAGUGUCACGUCGGGCGGCGGCUAACAGCCACGAGCAGCUGGCCGAGAUUGUCAACGAGGAGAGGAAGCUAAUUGAGGCGGAUGCCGAGGUUAUUCACGACUUUCGCGAGCUCGUGCAGAGCCGACUGCAGCGAUUGGACAAGCGGCCCUACGAAAAAUACGGUGCCUGCAGCACUUUCUCUUUCUCUUACUGCGCCAGUGUGUCCACCCUAGCCCAUGUGCUGCCCAGCGAUAGCCCCGUCUAUCGGAUCCACUGUCAUCUCUAGCAGCUCAGCACGAGUAAAGGCUCAGGUCAGCCCGCAUCUCGGCUGCCAAUUAAGGAUAUAAAGCCCUCCCCGGACGGUGACGACAACGGCGCUUGCAUAAU